AUGAUAAUAGUAAAAAUAUUCUUUCUUAUUGGAUAUUCAUAUUUAGUUCAAUCAAAAAACGUUUAUAUGCAUAACUUGCCUUUGGGAGAAUACCGUACGGUAUUUGAGAAAGUAUAUGCAUGUCAAUCAACAAAUUUAGUUCAAUUUAAUGUUUAUUUUAAUAAAAGAACAUCAAAUAUAACUGAAAUAAAAGGAAAUUUCUCAUUAUCGAUGCCUUUAGACGAUAGUUUUAUAAUUGAUAUAAAUGCUGCAUCUUGGAGUUUAACUGGUGGUUGGAAACCAAAUUCAAUGGUUUAUAUAUCAAAAAAUGCAUGUAAUAGUUUUAAAAAGUUUGCAGGAAACGCGUGGUAUUCAGUAUUGAAGGCUUUUAACUUUGCUAAAACUACAUGUCCACUUCCACCGGGUACAUACAUUACAUCAGGGAUCGAUUUGAAGAACUUAGAAGAUCAUAACUUUCCCAAGGUGUAUUUUUAUGGAAAAUAUAAAGUAACAUUUAAGCUAAAAAAUGUAAAAGAUGAAGCAGUUUUUUGUUGCAUAUUGGAGUUGAGUCUUAUACGGCCAUGGGAAAAACCAAUUUGA